AUGGGUGUCAGUGAAUUGUUUGAAAUUGCUAUUGGGCCUGUUGGCCCAAGAAUUGUGAUCGAUCCUGUUAUACUAGCUAUACGUAAUCUGAAAUGUGGAGACUGGAAAGCCAGACCUAUAUCAGAACUGAUAUCUGAGAAGGGAAUCAAGAUCCAUGGGAAGGAAAACGAAGUAGAAAGGAUACCAGAGAUGAAAGAAAUAAAGAGAGGAGCAAAUCAAGAUAUAGGCGCACAGGGGAGAAAAUGA